GCGGCACCGCCCCUCCUGGAGGAAGCCGCGUGCGAGAUCAGCCCAGUCGGGCGGAGGAGCCGCAUUUUCGGGAGGGACGGGCGAAUGCAAAUCGCUCCCACAAGCGGGAGGAGGAGGAGGAGGAGGAAGGCGAAAGGAGAAGCCCUGGUCGGAGCCACACGCCUCGGCUUCAGCUUAAAGCCUCAUCCAGAGGAGGAGGAGGAGGAAGAAGAAGGGGUUCGGCAGGCGCAACAAAGCCAGGCAAGCCUCCUUGCACGCCGAGCUCAGCCUUGGAGCCGGCUUUGUCUCCUGGGUGCCAUCCUUUUGCAGCGGACGAGGAAGGGGCGUUUGGACCUGCUCCUAGAUUAAAGUUCAAGAUGUCUUUUGUGAGAGAUAUGGAGCUGGAACACUUUGAUGAGCGUGAUAAAGCUCAGCGGUACAGUCGAGGGUCGCGGGUGAACGGCCUGCCCAGCCCGACCCAUAGCGCUCAUUGCAGCUUCUACCGAACCCGCACCCUACAGACCCUCAGCUCUGAGAAGAAAGCCAAGAAAGUCCGCUUCUAUCGCAACGGUGACCGGUAUUUCAAGGGAAUUGUAUAUGCCAUCUCUCCUGAUCGGUUUAGGUCUUUUGAGGCCCUGCUGGCUGAUCUGACCCGAACUCUGUCUGAUAAUGUCAAUCUGCCCCAGGGUGUGAGAACAAUCUACACUAUUGAUGGAGUAAAAAAGAUUACCACCUUAGACCAACUGGUGGAAGGAGAGAGCUACGUGUGUGGUUCAAUAGAGCCUUUCAAGAAGCUGGAGUACACAAAGAAUGUAAAUCCUAAUUGGUCAGUGAAUGUCAAAACCACCUCGGCUGCUCGCGCAGUGGCCUCUCUUGGUGCAGCCAAAGGAAGUCCUUUGGAUUCAAAAGAGAAUAAGGAUUUCAUUCGCCCUAAGUUGGUCACAAUCAUCAGGAGUGGCGUGAAGCCACGUAAGGCAGUCCGGAUUCUGCUCAACAAGAAGACAGCACAUUCAUUCGAACAGGUUCUCACCGAUAUUACUGAUGCCAUCAAACUGGAUUCAGGAGUAGUCAAGCGCCUGUACACACUUGAUGGGAAACAGGUGAUGUGCCUUCAGGACUUUUUUGGUGAAGAUGACAUAUUUAUUGCAUGUGGCCCGGAAAAGUUUCGUUACCAGGAUGACUUUUUGCUAGAUGAAAGUGAAUGUCGAGUAGUGAAAUCCACCUCCUAUACCAAAAUAGCUUCGACACCACGUAGGAGUGCUACCAAGAGCCCUGGCCCAUCUAGACGCAGCAAAUCUCCAGCAUCCACCAGCUCAGUCAAUGGAACUCCUGGUAGCCAGCUUUCUACUCCUCGCUCUGGGAAGUCUCCAAGCCCUUCACCCACCAGCCCAGGAAGCCUGCGGAAGCAGAGGGACCUGUAUCGCCCACUCUCUUCGGAUGAUUUGGAUUCAGUAGGAGACUCUGUGUAAAAACAGAAAAUGGAACAGUGCUUAAUGGUUUGUGACUGGCUGAAAGUUUAACACUUCUUAAGAAUGUAGUUAGUUGCUAAUUAAUAUUAGUGAAUUGCACAAAAAGUGUUUUUUUCCUAUUUUGAUAUUAAAACACCGGCGUUUGUUCUCUUAUAUUAUGAUGACAAUUUUGUUAAUACGGUACUACUUGAUUUCUAUGAAGAAGUAAGGGCAGUUUUCCUCAACCUAGCGGUCUCUGUCAUUUGCAGCCAGUGUGAUGAUGCUUCAUGCUGGCUGAGGAUGAUGAGAAAUGUGGUCCAGCCCACCUGGAGGCACUUAAUUGGCAGAUACUAUGUUAGAGGAUGCUUUUAAAAAAAUUAAAUUGUGCAUACUUUUUGAAAUGAAAAAAUAAUGCAAAAAAGGUGCUAUUAUUUUCCUAAGUGCUCUGUAUGGGUUGUAUCCAUGAUUAGUAGGAGCACAAUAGAGAUUUCUGCAAGGGAUCUGCCAAUAUGGCUGAACCUCUUAAAAAGCAUCUUGAAGGAUCUCUAAUGUAGGUCACAGAGUUGGUAGAUGGAGGGACAAAAAGUCUAAGACAUCAGUUGAGGCAAUUCCUAUCAACAUCCAUCCUCCUCAUGUUCUAGCAUUGGAUACAAACCCAUAGCAUUAUGCUUGCUUACAAAACAAACUUCAUUGGAAAAGGGAAAUUUUCAAAUUUACUGGGAGAGUAAUUAAUAGACCAUAAACAUGUUAAGGAAAAAAUAGCCAGCAUAGACACAGGCUGCCAUUCUGCAUCUUUUUUGAUUAAAUAUUGUUAGCUUUCUAGUUCGUUCUUUCUACAGUAAAAAUGGAUAGCAUGAACUGAAUUCGGAAAGAGAAAUGACCAUGAUGUUAAAGUUGAUAAAAUACAUGAAUGACACGAAGUAAUGGAUUGAAAGGAUUUUUUUCUCCAUGUUUUCUCUGAAUGUAUAUAUGGGAACAGGGUUUCUAAGGCUCAGUUGCAACAAAAAAUGAGUCCGGUUUUCUCCUCCAAUUUCCUUAUUGAAAAUUUAAAUCUCCAUGUUGAUUUAAAUAUUUAAUGCUAAAAGCAAUUUCCCCGCUGUAGUCUUUUUUUCCUUCCCAUUGUGAUUUUUUAUAAUGAAAUGCACAACCCAUUCUUGAGUAAAAUUCUCCAUAGACUUACAGGUUUCACAGCGGUUAUUUUAAAGAGCUAUAUAAGAGAAGGAUCUGGUGGACAUGUUUUCUGCAAAAGCCAUGCUGAAGUAAAUGUAGUUUUUAAAAGAGAAAUCUCCGCUGGCUCAGUCUUUAGAUAGCUCAACCACUUUGUGACAAUAUGUACUGUACUAAAAGUUUGUAUUCUACUGUUCUGGAAAUCAGUGUUUUUACUGCAAAAUAUCAUGGUCUGAAUAAAUGCUUGCUUGAUUUUAAUUCAGUAUUUGUUAACCAGGAUGUAAACCACAAUAUCUAGGUGUAACAUUUCAAACAGUUGUAUUGACAGUUGACCUUUGUGUUAUUAAUUUUCAAUACAGGUAAAAGUUGCAACUACACCUAAAUGCCUUUUGAGUGCCAUGUUACUUUCUUAUCAUUUAAAAAUAUUUAGAAUUUUUAAUUUGCACUCUCUUUUAAGAAACAACACCAAAUAAAAAAAACUGUUUGUAGUAUAACUUAUGGUAUGUAUUGUUACCUUGUGAAUGAGCUUACUCUGAUAUUAGUUAAUUUUCUAUGAGUUGUUGAAGUCAAUUCCUGAAGGACUGGCUUACUUAUAGUUCCACUUUUCAGAAGAAGCUAUAUAUUAAAGUACUGUAUUUUUGAAAGGCAUUUCAUCAUUACCUUUGAAACAUGCAGAAGGAAUGCCAUAGAACAAUUAGUCCUAGAACAAGGAAAAUGAAUUUUUUUAAAGGAUCUCUCUUGGAGAGCCUACAAAUUGGUGAGUUAAAAAAAAAUACUUUAAUUUGGUUUCAUUCUGCUAUUAUAGACUUAAACUAAUUUGAAAUUUGCUUUAUGCUGUAAGACCAUAUGAUUCUUAGUGCUGUUGCAUUUAAAAUUCAUGGCUGUGGAUUUGCUAAGUAGGAAAGGGUAUAAUUUUUAAAAUUGUUACUUAACUAAGCACAUUUCCAGUCAGAAUUCUCAAAGACGUAAGCAACAAGAAAAAGUUUGUGAGCCCCAUAGUUGCAGUGUAAAAUGUUAUGAGAUCUUGAUCUCACCCCAUAAUCCCAUAACCCUAGAAUAAAGAAGAGGGGACCAUUCCUAGAUAGAAUGGCUGUGAUCAUGAAACCUCUCUACAGUUGGUCCUCCACAUUUGUGGUUUUCACUUGUUCAGGUUUGAUUAUUUGUGGAUAUGAUUUCAUAUGUAUUCUCUUGAGAAAUCUCAAGGUCCUCUAGCAUGAUUUUAAGUUAAAUGUUCUCCAGAUAUUGACCAUAGAAUUGUGCUAGAGGACCUAGAGAUUCAUAGAGAGAACAAUUCUCUAGCCAUUAUAAGUUCUCCAACAAUUCUAUGGUCACCUUCCAACAGAAGUUGACCACAGAGUUGUGCUGCAGAACCUAGAGGUCAUUAGGGUGAGGUGUUUUCUUAGAUUUUCAAAAUAAUGUGUUUUUUAUUAGUGGUUUUGCACGGGGUCAUGUAGCCCUAGCCCCAGAAAAUAUGGAGGUCCAACUGUAUUUGUUGACUGUUUCUGCCAGUGGCUAAGGAUAAGGGAUCCAAAUCCUUGUAAAAUAUUUUGUUACUCCAUCUGUACUGAUGAACAGCUUUUGAAAAGAGAUGUAUUUUAAUCAUGUUCUUUUUCCACCCAGCCAUAUGGUUGGGAUGAAGGCCACAAUCCUCUGAUGCUUUUGUAGGGUUGAGUCUCCCAAACUCAUGCCUCCCCGGACCUGCAUAAUUUCUCAAACAGCUUUCUGGGAUUAUCUAAAUUCUCCAGCAUAAAUUUUGCCAGAAGCUAGCUACAGAAUUACACUGGAAGACCUAGACAUUUCUAGAGCUAACAUUUGAAUCAAAUCUGCAAAUAUUCAAAUUCACAAAAGUCAAACCCUUAAAAGUGGAGGGCUGAUGGUAAUUUGUCCAAGCUGUUUUGAAUCAUAUGCAAUGCACUGAAGCUCUUACUGUGUUCUAAGAGAUCAUUUUUCUCAAUUGUUGCAACUGAUAUUUUUAUCAAAUUAACCAUAUGCACAGCUGUUUCAUGUCAUUUUAUCUCAGUGUGAUUGUAUACCUAUGUACAGGAUUGCAUGAAAAAAAUAAGAGAACUAUUCCUAUUGCAUCCAGAAUUGUGUACUUCAAAGCUGCUUCUUAUUCUAUGCGCACACAUAUGCAUGCACACACAAUGUAUGUGUGCAUAUUUAAAUGCCUCCUAAUGUAGAUAUUUGGGCAUUUUUGUUUGCAUUUGUUGAAAUUAAUAUCUAUGCAGCAAGAUAUAGACAAGAAUGUACUGGUUAUAUUGUGUACCCAUCUCGUGUGCUGUGAUAUUACAAAGUGAUAAUUGUUGUUCCCAUUGUUUAAUAAUCUUCCUUUGGUUUCUCUUGUCCAGUAAAAGAAAACAGCAGUUUUGUGAAUGCUUAUUGAUAAAAUAAAUUUACAGUUUUAUACACAGUUAUUUGAAAUAUUAUUUUCUUUUUUAAUCUUUUUCUCUGUUUCAAUAUAAUUCUUAAACUGCAAAAUUUGUAAAACAUUUUACAUAAUGUGCAAUUGAAAAUAGUUUUGCUUUUCUAAUUAAUCAAGUAAUCCACUUUCAAUUUUUGUACCAUCAGUGCAAUGCAUUGUAUGUUUAUUUUGUGUUUAAUCUUGCCAUACUUGACUGCCUUUGCUGGAUUUUAUGCCGUGAGUCAUGUAAUAAAUAAAUGGGAAAAUCUGUUUUAAAAAUUUAGUGAACUUUUUCUGAAAAUGGGAAAACUAUACAAAAAUCAAUUUCCACAGUAACAUACACACACUUUUGUGGUCACCAAGUAUGGGAGUCAUAAAUCUUAAUUGGCAGGUUGAAAUACGAAUACAUUCAGUGGCUUUUUAAAAUGUAAAUUUGUGGGUACUAAGUUUAAAAAAAUACUUGAAAAUGGCAUUUCUAGUGGGUACUUGAGAUAAUAAUUUAACCAAACCGUAUUAGCACAUAUCUUUGUUAUGGCAAAUAAUGUAGUUAAUAUAUUCUUGAGUUUUGUUCUAGUCACAUAUCAGCUUGCUUUCAAAAGCACCAUCCUUGCAUUUCCUAUUAGAAAAACCUUACAAGACUUGAGUUACUGAAAUGACAUUGGAGAGAGGUUAAUACCUGCUGUUUUAAAAUAUUCUGAGACAUGCUUCCUCAUUUUUUCCAGUGAGAAACACAGCAACAUAAAAUUUUUGCUAGUUAAAUUGCCCUUUAUUUUCAUGAGCAAAAUGUUUUUGAAAAAGAUUCAAGAGGCUAAUAAAAAUUACUUCAGGCUUGUUUUGGAUCUGGGUGUUCUUGUCAAAGUGUUGGUAUUCCACCAAUGGUUCUUUUAUCCUAAGCAUUUAGAAUAUUCAGAGAAUCUCAGAUUUUGGUGAUGAUGUACAGUAGAGUCUCACUUAUCCAACAUAAAUGGGCUGGCAAAACAUUGGAUAAGCAAAAAUGUUGGAGAAUAAGGAGGGAUUAAGGAAAAGCCUAUUAAAUGUCAAAUUAUGUUAUGAUUUUACAAAUUAAGCACCAACAUGUUUUUACAACAAAUUGACAGAAAAAGCAGUUCAAUACAUGGUAACGUUAUGUAGUAAUUGCUGUAUUUAAGAAUUUAGCACCAGAACAUCAUAAUGUAUUGAAAACGUUGACUAUAACAACAUUGACUACUAAAAGGCCAACUGUGUUGGGUAAUACACUGGUUUUUAUUGCUUUUUCUGAAUUUUUGGAUUGUAAUGUAUGUUAUUAUUUAUUGUAUUGUUAAAUUGUGUUAUGAUAUGUUGUUUUAUAUUUUGUCAUAUUGUAUGGUUUUGGGCAUGGCCCCAUGUAAGCCGCCCCGAGUCCCCGUUGGGGAGAUGGUGGUGGGGUAUAAAUAAAGUUUUAUUAUUAUUUAUUAUUAUACAGAACAUUGGAUGAGCGAAGGUUGGAUAAGCAAGACUCUACUGUAUAUAAGAAUUAAGUCUAGCUCAUUAAUUAUAUGCAUACAUUCUCGUUACAGUAAAUAUGUGACAGUGGUAAUCAUGUAGCCCAGGAUGCAUCUACACAAUAGAAUCAAUGCAGGUAGACACCAUGACUCCACAGCAUUGCAAUGGCUCAACAUUGUGGAAUCAUGACAGCUGUAGUUUGACAAAGUCUUCAGCCUUCUCUGCCAAAGAGUGCUACAAUUCCAAUCAUUCCAUAGCAUUGAGUCAUGGUAGUCAAUCAUAGUGGUGUCAAACUGCAUUAAAUGUAGAUGCAUCCUCAGACUUCCCUAACCUUACACUCUCCACUUCCAGCUUAUAUAGCCAGUGAUGGGAGGUAUUUGGGACAUGAAGUCUGAAGCAUUUUGCGGGUAUGAGGGAGAAAGAAAGUACAGGAUCACUAGAUGAACAAAUACAUUUUUCAGCAAGACUGGGUCCUAAGUUAUUUUAAUCUUUUCUUCCCUUACUCAUUUACAAUUUUCAAAUGCACUGCUGAAAUGGAUACUCAAUCAUUGCAAUCAUUGAAAAAGAAAAGUAGAGUUACAUAGGCUUAAAUCAAGGGAACAUUCACAACUGUUGAUUUACCAUGCUGCUGCUGAUUCAGUGGAUCUACAGUAGAUGGGAUUUAAAAGAAUGGAAAUAAGGGGAAAAUGAAUGACACUAUAAUUUGAGGGAGAGAAAGUAGUGAGUAAUUACUAAAUGCAUACUUGCACUACCCCAUGCCCGGCUCUUGUAUAUCCUGAUCACACAUAUUGUACUACGGCAACUACUUUCGCUGAGUUUUGUUACAUGGCUGUUUUAUAUUCUUAUAUUUUAUUUAAUGUGUGGUUUUAACUGUACUGUUAUUUUUAACAAUGUUUUUGUUUUAACCUUGUUUUUUUUUGCCUGGAUAGAUUAUUUGUAUUUGUGUCUACGGGCAUUUUGUCCCAUAUGUAAACUGCCCCGAGUCCCGUUUGGGAGAUGGUGGCGAGGUAUAAGAAUAAAGCUGUUGUUGUUGCUGCU